AUUUAGCUACACCAAAACCAAUGCCUUAUCCUACUAUAAAGUUUACUCUUUUAGAGUCCUUUCAUAUAUACUAUCUAUACCAGAUCCUAACUAACUAUCCCCCAUGGCACCCUACAACAAAUUUGUUAUGUUCAUACUGUUUUUCGGUAUUAUCUUACCCACAUGGGUAGUUGGAAAACCACAAGUACCAUGUUACUUCAUUUUUGGCGACUCUUUAGUUGAUAACGGUAACAAUAACCGUUUAGUAACCUUUGCCAAAGCCACUUACCUUCCUCAUGGCAUUGAUUUCAGCUCCGGACCUACCGGAAGGUUUUGCAAUGGCCGGAACUUUGCUGAUUUUAUGGCUGAACACUUAGGUUUCGCUAGUCACAUUCCUCCUUUCGCCUUUUCUAAUGGGUCUGAUAUACUUCUUGGACUAAAUUACGCAUCAGCAGCUGCAGGAAUUCGUCACGAGACUGGCCAUCAUCUGGGUGACCGGAUAACCUUUAAUCAACAACUUCAGAAUCACAAAUUGACAGUGUCGAGUAUCAGCGAUGUUCUUGGAGGAUCUGAUUUGGCAUCAAAUUACCUACAGAAGUGCUUCUACCAUAUAGGAUUCGGCAGUAACGAUUACCUUAACAACUAUUUCAUAACAGCUGUGUAUGAAACCAGCAGCAUGUUUACAGUUGAGGAAUUCACCAAAGUCCUCAUUCAACAAUAUAGAAGACAGAUUUUGAAAUUGUACACCUAUGGUGCAAGGAAGGUAGCUUUGCAUGGCUUAGGUCCAAUUGGUUGCACCCCAUAUGAGAUGUCGCGUCACUCUUCAAAUGAAUCAUGCGUAGAGUAUAUCAAUACCGCGGUUCAACUAUUCAAUCACUAUCUCAAGUUACUUGUUGACGAGCUGAACAACAACAGACGGCUACAAAAUGCAAAGUUUAUCUAUUUGAACUUCUAUGAUAUGAGCAUGGAAGUCAUCCAACAACCUUCAGCUUUUGGAUUUAGGGUGGUGAAGAGCGCAUGUUGUGGAACGGGGCUGAAUAACGGUGCUCUUACAUGUCUACCUUUUGAAGUUCCAUGUCGCAAUAGGAACGAGUAUUUCUUUUGGGAUGCAUAUCAUUCUACCGAAGCUGCAAACAAGAUAGCCUCCAGAAGAACAUAUCAAGCACUUAAUGAGUCAGAUGCUUAUCCCUUUGACAUUUAUCAUUUGGUUCAACUCUAGUUGUGAUUUGCGAAGUAUAGAAUAUCUUACUUUAUAUGUAUUCGGACCUUCUGAA